UUGCGCUAUUUGUCGGAUUUUUUGUCCCCUCGUCAAGUACCGCGUGCGUUCGUUUUGCUUUGAUCUCGCCUGGUGCCUGCGAUAUUUAAAUAGUUUUGUAUGUUAUUAUAUCGCCGUCCUAACACAGUAAAAAGAAAAAAAUGUCGGUGCCUACGAAGGUGCUGAUGCGAAAAAUUAAGAAACGAGAGAAGACGAAAUUGGCGGUGUUGAAGCGACGCGAGGAAGAAAAAGAUGCAACCACAUCGGAAAAGACAGAAAACGGAACGGAAACAACGGAUAAACAAGACGCAAAUAAUAUUCCUUCUACAGAUGAGACCACUGAGAACCUACCGGGUACAGCCAUUGGUUUCAAAGUGACAAACGAUAUGAGCUUCUUGGUGUUGAGUGGCAAAGUAUGCGAAAACACUUUGAAGGCGAUAAGCGACAUGGGUUUUACGAAUAUGACGGAGAUACAAGCGAAAUCUAUCCCGCCGCUUCUAGAAGGCAGAGAUCUGGUCGGUGCCGCCAAAACCGGAUCUGGCAAGACGUUGGCGUUCUUGAUCCCUGUGGUUCAGCGGAUUUACGAGUCAAAAUUUAUGCCCCGUAAUGGUACCGGAUGCAUCAUCAUGUCCCCCACGAGGGAAUUGUCUAUGCAGACCUUUGGAGUGUUGAAGGAAUUGAUGAAAUACCAUUAUCAUACGUAUGGUUUGUUAAUGGGUGGCGCCAGCAGACAGACGGAAGCACAAAAACUCGAGAAGGGUGUCAAUAUCAUCGUGGCGACACCGGGACGACUGUUGGAUCACUUGCAGAACACACCAAAUUUCGUGUACAAGCAUCUCCAGUGUCUGGUGAUCGAUGAAGCCGAUCGUAUCCUGGACAUUGGAUACGAGGAGGAGCUGAAGCAGAUCAUCAAUAUUCUUCCAAAACGCCGGCAGACGAUGCUCUUCAGUGCGACGCAGACGGAAAAGGUGGCGAUGAUAACGACACUAGCCCUGAAGAAGGAACCCAUAUACGUGGGGGUCGACGAUGACAAGGAGAUGGCGACUGUGGAGGGCUUACAACAGGGUUACGUGGCAUGCCCGAGCGAGAAGAGAUUUCUGCUUUUGUUCACAUUUUUGAAGAAGAACAGGAAAAAGAAGAUGAUGGUGUUUUUCAGUUCCUGCAUGUCGGUCAAAUAUCAUCACGAACUGUUAAACUACAUCGAUUUACCAGUAAUGAGUAUACACGGCAAGCAGAAGCAGACGAAGCGGACCACGACCUUUUAUCAAUUUUGCAAUGCCUCAUCCGGUAUUCUGCUUUGUACCGACGUGGCCGCGAGAGGUCUGGAUAUACCCGAUGUCGACUGGAUCGUGCAAUACGAUCCACCGGACGAUCCAAAGGAAUACAUUCAUCGCGUGGGUCGAACUGCUCGCGGUGAGGGUAGCAGCGGACACGCCUUGCUGAUAUUGCGGCCGGAAGAGCUUGGCUUUCUUCGUUACCUCAAGGAAGCUCGUGUGCCCGUGAACGAAUAUGAAUUCUCCUGGAACAAGAUUGCCGACAUACAACUGCAGCUUGAGAAGCUAAUAUCGAAAAAUUAUUACCUAAACCUGUCGGCGAAAGAGGCGUACAAGAAUUACAUCAGAGCCUACGACUCCCAUCACUUGAAAAGUGUCUUUGAUAUAGAGACUCUGGAUCUGACAAAAGUCGCAAAGUCCUUUGGGUUUAUCAUACCGCCAGCGGUGGAUCUGAGAGUGGGAGUCAGUAAAGCUUCGCGACCACGGAAAAGGCUCGGCGGAGGCGGUUACGGGCAGUUUCAAGGCAUGAACGAUCCGAGCUCGGCAAAGCGGGUAAAGCGCGCCAAGACCUUUCGCCAGGUAGGCAACCGUGGGCAGGACAAGCGGCAAUUCAGCAGAUAACUCUGGUCACCACGUGCACGUUGUAUACGUGCGAGACGGCAGUUGUGGUGUACGGUGCAUUUAUACAGUGCAUUCUUCAUUUCUUUGCCAGGAACAAAUAGAUACGUUAUCGAUAUAUCACAUUGUACAGUUUACGUUUACGUUUACGGUGAUACACUGCAUCGAGAAAUAAACAGAUAAAGUACGAGCAAGGUCCAGG